ACAGUUUUUUAGUGUGUGGACGUUGGCAGUCGUGUGACGCAAUGGCCGCUGAGUGAUGGUAAUAGUAACGUCAAAUUAGUGCCCAGCUUAUUAUUGUGUUUUUCUUGGUUUAUUUCGCUUUUUUGGGUAAUUUCGUGCGUGUCUUUGACUAAUUGUGAUGUCUAGAAACUGAUAACGGGUCAAUGCCUUUGUUUUGUGUCCUUGAAUUGAACAGCUGUCCCGCUGGGACUACCCUAACAAGAUUCUCAAACGAGUCAUCGAAAAUGUCGUUAGGAUAAGUAGAGUUUAAGUGAAAAAAAAAAAAAUCAGGAUGCGUAGCUCUUUGGAUAGCGACGUCACUCCUUGUGUGGCCGGCCAACGGAAAAAACGUUUUGCAAGCCGUUGGUCACUCCGACACUUGAUUUAUUCUAGUCCGAUUCUGAACAGAAGACGAAGCCAGAAUUCCUCAGGUUCUUCAAAAUCGCACCGGAAUCACAACGGAAAAGACACAACUGAUAGUAGAUUAGGUGGUUCGUCAAAAGAUAUCGAUCGUGGUGCUUCACAUCAUGUUGAAAUUCAUCAAGCAACGAGUCGAACAUCAGUAUUCACAACAAGCACAAAGAGUGGUGAAGUUACCUUAUCUAUGGAGUGUCCGUUAUGUUUUGCCGAAUUAACGGCCGAAGAAUUUUGGGAAUUGUCUGGAUGUGGGCAUCGUGCUUGCAUACCCUGCCUUCAGCAGUAUCUCAAAGUUGAAAUAACCGAAUCUCGAGUGUGCAUAUCAUGCCCGGAAUGUACCGAACUCAUACAUCCAAAUGAGAUACGUGGUAUCAUCGAUGAUGUUUCAUUGUUUGAAAAGUACGAAGAUUUUAUGGUUAGGAGAGUUUUAGCGAUCGAGCCGGACGCCAGAUGGUGUCCGGCCCCCGAUUGCGGUUUUGCUGUGAUAGCUAGUGAAUGUGCAAGUUGUCCGAAACUGAAGUGUUUGAGACCUGGCUGCGACUCGUAUUUUUGUUAUCAUUGUAAGGCCGAAUGGCACCCCAAUCAGACCUGUGAUGCGGCGCGUGCGCAGAGAUCACCCAACAUUCGCUCGUCUUCUAUUACAUAUAGUCAAGAUUCACAACAUCGAGACGACAUUAAACCCUGUCCCCGGUGUCAAGUUUUGAUCGUCAAAAUGGACGAUGGUUCGUGCAAUCAUAUGAUGUGCGCCGUUUGCGGUGCAGAAUUCUGUUGGCUGUGUAUGAAAGAAAUUAGCGAUCUGCAUUAUCUCAGUCCCUCUGGAUGUACGUUCUGGGGCAAGAAACCAUGGUCCCGGAAAAAGAAGAUUUUGUGGCAGUUGGGUACUCUUGUGGGUGCUCCCGUUGGUAUAGCGUUGGUUGCUGGUAUAACCGUUCCUGCUAUGAUUAUAGGUAUUCCGGUUUGGGUUGGCAGGAAAUUGUAUACCAGAUACAAAGCUGCCAAUAAACAUAAACGGAAUGCUGCCAUUGUCGGAGGUGUCAUUGCUUCGGUGAUGAUUUCUCCAAUCCUGGCCGGCCUUGCCGUAGGAAUCGGCGUUCCGAUUCUACUCUUCUACGUCUACGGUGUAGUUCCGGUCUCUCUGUGUCGUUCAGGCGGCUGUGGCGGUUCUCCAUCCACCGACGAUUCAGCCAUUGUGACAAAUCGCACAGCUGACAAUUCCUCAAUCGAUGCAGUUAGUGCCAAGGUGGCCAAUCCUUCCAUCGGCGAAGCCAGUCUUUCGAUGGCCAGCGGCAGUCAAGUCCUCCGCGAACCCGAUCGCGAAUCUUCCAGUACUGUAGCCCUGGCUGGCAGUACGGCUGGACACCGCCUCGAAGUCCAAGCCGAUUUGGCCUCAGCGCAGCGUUUCAGCAUCAGCAGCCUGACCGAGUCGACUGGCGACGACGGCGGCGCGUCCACCAGGGCCCUGGCCGGCUCCAUGCUGAACUAUAAAAGCAACGGCAGCGACUCCUGCAGCUGCGUCACGACGGAGGACUGCGCCUCCGAGCGGGUGCGCUUCGACGACAACGUCAGCUUCAUAGCUUCGCAGGCCGAGAAGACGAGCAUCGGAAGCAGCUGCAGCUUCCGAGCUCGGUGCACAACGAAACCGACACUUGCGCGGUCAGAACGCGUCGCCUCAGACGCCAUGAGCAACGAUAGUAUUUACAUUGACAUGGCCGCCGUUGAUGACAAGCCUAGAAAAUCGCAAGCGGCCAUCUUGCGUAGUCAGUUUUUUUAUUCAGGAAUGAGCGAUACCAAGAGUCUCGAUGAUAAAACUAUAAUUGAAGUCUCGAACGAAACUUUAGAUAAGCAAGCGCUGAUCCAAGGCGACGACACCGCCAAGAUGAAGAAAUCCGGAUCGUUUGUCGUUGAAAGUUCCAAGUUAUAGCUAUCUAAUUUAACAAUUGUUUUUUAAAAAGACUGAUGUGCAUAUAUUCUAAUUUAUUUAUAGAGCUAUUCAAUAUCUGGCUUAAAAUUGUAUGUUACAAAUUGUAUUAACGGUUUAUAUUCCCUUGUUUCUAAUGAUAAGUAUGGAUGUAACUUAGUUCGUUCGCCCAUCAGACAGUUUUGUUUUAUACGGAAUUUUACAACAUUUGUGGAAGGACAUUCCAUUUGUUUUAGUUCACAUCAAUUCUCGCCCCUUAUUUUAUUGUAAUCCAAGUUUAAUGGCGUGAUGACGUUUUGGAUGUACAAAUUAAACUAUUGCAACAA